CGCAUAAGUCUCCAUAGCUCGAACAGUGCUGGGACCUACCUGGCGAUUUGCCUUUCGUUAACAACGUUUUAUGACGUGGACCGGCCGAGUCCGGCUAAGCCCAUUCGUUACUGCAUUUGACGCAUUUUUGGGGAUCACACGGCGGGAGCUCUCCUCUUUAAGCCCUCAAGCAACUUGAUAAUCUGCCACUAAUUCAUAUCGGGGUCUAAUUUUAUAUUUUUAUUUUUUUUGGCAGAGAGUCCUUGUUGGACAAAAGAUAGGCGUGUAACUAACUGCGAUCGCGAUACCUUCAAGCCUCUUCACUCCUGCGAACUCGUCACGCGCAUGGCCGUUUGGUAUACUUGUCAACAUACCUUGCUGAUUUGGUCAUCAUUCUGCAUCGAUAUUGCCUGCUUGUUAUAGGACGUAUAUGCAAUCUGCGCCUGCUGCCACCGCCUCAUCCGUAAACGCACCUACCUCCCACUAAACUCUGAUUCCACAUACGCUUGCAUCAACAAUCUGCAAAGAUGAGCCAAGAAACUCACCCUCGUCGAUCAAGCUUCGGGAAUCUGCUUCGACGCAGUAAGUCCGGUGAUAUGAAAACUGGAAGGAAGGGUUCACAUGGCCAUCAGAAAGAGUCGGUUCCCAAGUCCCCUCCUCGUCUGCCGGCCCUCUACAAUGGUUCUCAACCUCAACCUCUUCCUUUUGGAGGCGACACUCGUCCCGAUUCUGUUGCCAUAGUUUCUGGAAAGGCAGAUCACUCUUUUCAUCACCAGCCACCCCGUGCUUCUAUGGACCCUGGGCGUCCCUCCAUGUCGUCGUCCAUCGCAAGACCUCCUGUCCCACCACUACCAAAUGGUGCAGCCGUCGAUCCCUACCCUCGUACAGAAAGCAUGACGAAUCGUGGCCGAUACAGUUACGCGAGUAGUGCUAUCAGUACUGUUAACAGCCCUAGAAGGGUUCGUAGAAGGAAGGAUCCAACUCCCUUCAACAUACUAAUCGUCGGCACUCGCGGUUCUGGCAAGACUUCAUUUCUUGAAUUUUUGAAGACAUCUCUUGCCUUGCCUCCAAAGAAAAGGUCCCAGCGUUCUACUGAGAUCGAACAAGAGGUUACUUCUCGAGCAACCCCAUCAGGGAACUUCAUACCCCAUUACCUUGAAAGUGAGAUAGACGGAGAACGUGUAGGCUUGACCAUUUGGGAUUCAGAAGGCCUCGAGAAGAAUGUGGUGGACCUCCAGCUACGAGAGAUGUCCACCUUUUUGGAAGCGAAAUUUGAGGAGACUUUUGCUGAAGAGAUGAAGGUGAUUCGAUCACCGGGCGUACAGGAUACGCACAUUCACGCUGUUUUCCUCAUCCUCGACCCAGCCCGGCUCGAUCGCAACAUAGCCGCUGCUAGGGCGGUGCCCGGUGUUACUCAGGGCGGAAAGCAUGUCAUUGAUUUGGGACGUGUUGUCGGUGGUCUUGACGAGGAUCUCGACUUGCAAGUUAUGCGCACACUGCAAGGCAAGACGACGGUGAUUCCUGUCAUUUCGAAGGCAGACACUGUCACGACAGCACAUAUGGCUUUCCUAAAGAACACGGUCUGGGCUAGUCUUAAGAAGGCCAACUUCGACCCCUUGGAGGCAUUGGGCUUAGAUGACGAAGAAGAGUCUAAUUCUAGUAGAAUUGACGAGAAUGAAGAGUUGGAGGCGGAUGGAGCAGUAGCUGAGUCCAGUGGAGAUGGAGAAAAGGGCCAGGCCGAUGCUGAAGAGCACGGCGAUGGGAAUAUCACAGGAGAAGAUCGGCCAUCGACCUCACAACGAUCCAACCCAUCGCUCCGUCCAUCCAAGGUAUCAAACGAAGACAGUGCUGAUGAGCUCCCUCUCUUACCUAUGUCGAUCAUCAGCCCAGAUCUUUACGAGCCUGGUGCCAUUGACCGAAAAUUCCCUUGGGGUACGGCCAAUCCUUACGACCCCGAUCACUGUGACUUCACUCGUCUGAGGGACGCAGUCUUUUCAGAAUGGCGCAGUGAGUUGCGAGAAGCCAGCCGUGAGCAGUGGUACGAGGGCUGGCGGACUAGCCGACUCAAGCACCGCAGCCCUGCGAAUCGACGCCGUUAGGCAUUGCGACAGGAUUCGCAAGGUCGCCCCUUGUUCCAUAGAUAAAAUCCCACACCGCAUGUUCAACGACUUAUGCGUUUUUUCUUUAAUUUUUUCAGAUCACCCGCAGCAAUACCCAUUGAUUGUUCUCUCUUCGAUUCACGUAUUUCCCGGACGACUACGCACCACGUACAAGCCAAAAAAUUCUUUUCUUUUCUGAUGGUCAUCGAUUGAGUAACAAAAGUAAUCUCGAAUGUGGCGGGUUCUCUUCGAAGUCGGGAACCCAGGAGCAGGAGUACAGACAGUUGGAACGAAUUUUGGAGGCCGAUGCUAUAACCCUAUCUACCCAACACAAAUACUAUUGGUUUGUUGUGGAAACGAAGUUAGGGAAGAAUGAAUAGUCUUCAGGGUGCGGUACUAUUGUGUAGCUACCUAUCUCACUCGCCUUUGGA